ACGCUUCCAACACAACCUCUUUUACACUGAGCCCAAUUCUCGACAAAGUUGACAAAUAUUCCACAAAUGUUAGAUUCGGCAACAACUUGCGACUUCAAACUGGAGACUAAGAAUCUUGGAGAUUCUGGUUUUGCGGAAUUAGAAAACUGUUGUGAAAUGAAAUCAACACACCUGAAUGUAUCUCACCUGCUCAAUGCAGUGGACAGUGAAAUGACAGUGGGCAGCGAGAAGGGAGACCCUACGGAAAGACAGUUACAUGUCAAACUCGAGGACAAGGAGCUAUGGGGAAAAUUCAAGGAGUUCACCAACGAAAUGAUCGUCACCAAAAACGGAAGGCGGAUGUUUCCGGUGUUCCGGGUGAACAUUUCCGGUGUGGACCCUAAUGCCAUGUACACGGUCCUAUUGGAUUUUACCCAGGUGGACAGCCACAGAUGGAAGUACGUAAAUGGGGAAUGGGUCGCGGGGGGCAAGGCUGAACCGGCCGCGCCAAACUGUGUGUACAUCCACCCUGACUCCCCAAAUUUCGGCGCUCAUUGGAUGAAGGAGACGGUGACUUUCAGCAAGGUCAAACUCACCAACAAACUCAACGGCGGUGGACAGAUCAUGUUGAACUCCCUACACAAGUACGAACCCCGUGUACAUAUCGUCAAGGUGAAUAACUCUCAGAAGAAGAGGAUCACAAGCUUCAGCUUCCCCGAGACACAAUUUAUCGCCGUCACAGCCUACCAGAACGAGGAGAUCACUGCCUUGAAAAUAAAGCACAAUCCUUUUGCCAAGGCCUUCCUGGACGCCAAAGAAAGGCCUGAUCAGAAAGAAUUCAUCGAUGACUCUCUGGAUGGCCAGCGGUCACUAUCCCACCUGGCGAGCACCUGGUACAUACCCCCAGGAGGUCAUUCCUUGGUCCCACCCCCCGCGCAUCAGUUCCCUAACGCCAUCAACCUGUCGAACGCCCAUUGUGAUCGGCUCAGCCUCAGACAGGCGCGGACCUCACCCUAUCCCCAUCCCUACCAACGGAGGUCUCCACCUCACGGGGGCUACCCAAGGGACGUAACCAGCAAUAUACCUGUUCUAAAUAUAGCCGACAACUGGCCGCAUAUGUCUACCGGAAGUCACGGAAUGCUGGGACAAUCAAAUACGACAGCACCGCAGUCACAGUACGGAAUGUGGCCAAUGGGUGGACCGAUCGGAAACCUAUCACCCAAUCAGAACUGUGCAAUGCCGUAUCUGCGCUCAAGCGCCCCCUACACGUUAUGUAACAGUACGACAACGAUUUCCAGUGUACCACACGUGACUCUAUCAAACUCAGUGCCUACGUCAUCCUUUGAAACAUGUGACAUUUCAUCCUUUUCAUCCAAUCGUGACGUUUUCAAGAACACCGCAUGGGGUCCUUUGUCUCCGCCACCAAUCUAAGUAGAAUCUUCAUUGUGAUUGGAUAGAAUUAGGUCACGUGCGUCUGUGAUAAAAAAAAUGUAUGGGCCGGUUCUGGAUGCAAAAUGACAUUUUUAACUAUUGUAUAUGUUGCUAUGAAUCUUACUGUUUGUAUGGGUUGUCGGUCACUGUAUGUAAACCCAAGUGCUGUGUUAUCCAUGAGAUACUCAUUACAAUAGUCAAAACACUAAACUCUGUAAUCCGUUAAAUAUAAUUUGAAUCACUCAAAUACAAAUCGAUUUUUCAAUCAAUGCUCAAAAAAAUCAAAAAAACAUAGGAUUAGUCUACUAAACCCUAUCAUGACAUUUUCUCAGGGUUUGUUUAUGGCAAAAUAUCUAGGUUCAUUUUUUUCAAUCUUAAGAAGGAUUCUUUUUCUAAAGAAGUAAAUUGUAUCUACCUGGUGACAAGUAGGGUUUGCACAGGUGUUACAAGUAAACAACUGAUUAGGUUUUCUACCUGUAUAUAUUUCCUAACUAACUGCCAUACUCACACCUCUAACCCACAAAUCUUUGCGACCACAAUGAACAACAGCCAUUAAUUUUAUCGGCGCAUUCGAUUCGAUCACUAAGUAUUCACCUAAAUCACCAAGGUCUCACGAGCGAUCGUUAUUGUAUUUACUAAAAUCUGGACCAAUCGACCGGACGGAUUUCACGGAUAUCUUGUUAUUUAUUCCGACCCUCAAUCAAAAUUAUUAGCUCUACGUUGCAAUUGAUUUGUGCGAAAAGGUUUAAGAUAUUUGUUACACAAAGAUUAAUGAACUGGCACAGGUGUUCCAAGUAGAAGGUGUUAUCUCUAAAAAAUGUCACUGAUAAUAGACAACAUUGUAGCCAGAGAUCUAAAGGGGAAGGGGGAUGGAGGGGGUGGCUCUGUGACUAUAAACGACCCGAUAAUGAACGAACAUAAAGUUUCUGUGUGUAUGAAAAGAGAGCAGUGAACAAACGAAAAGAACGAAGAGGAGUACUAUAAGAAAAACUACGAGAGAAAGACAGAGAGAAAAUGUGAGAGAGAAGAAAG